AUGGUCAAAUCAGACGUCCGGAAGGACUACUAUGCGGACCUGGGGCUGCAGCCCAGCGCAGAAGCCGAGGACAUCAAGCGACAAUUCAGGAAACUAGCUCUCAAAUACCACCCAGACAGAAACCCCGGACGAGAGAUCGAAUUCAACGCCAAGUUCCAAGCCAUCCAAGCCGCCAACGAAAUCCUCAGUGACCCUCGUCAAAGACUCAAGUACGACACCGAUCGUCUGCGUGCAGGCUACGGCAAGAAUUACGGACCGGCUAGGGCAAAUACUCAGCGCAAGACACAAACACCCGCCUACCCUCCCCGACCCACUGCCACUCCCACGCCAUCGGCUGGCGCACAAUAUACCAAAACACCACCGAAUGGUCCCUCGGCUGGCGCACGACGAUAUGCGUCCCAUGCGCGCGCCGGCCCGCAGCAAUGGAAGCCCCAGGAUAAUGCGCAAACAAGGGCAGAUGCCUUCAAAGGAUUCAGCAAUAUGAGGGGAGGCCAGUCAAAUGGAUGGCAGGGCUUUGAUCCUUCUACUGGUCGAGCUUCAGCUAGCACACCCGGGCCAGGGGCCCAGCGUCAACCAUUCGGGGCUUCGGCACAGUCCAAUAGGCCGAAGUCAGCCUUCGAGACCUUCCAAAAUGCCCAUUCUCAUGCGCAGUCGCAAAGCACUAAGAAGAAGCAAGGCUUCGCGCCAGGCGCCGCUGGAGGAGACGAGCCCAUGGCCCGCAAUACAUCCGCCUACAGCAGCAACAGUCGGGCUGAACGACCAAGCAGCCAAUACUACGAGCCUGCUCCGCCACCAACUGCGAAGAAAGCACCUGAACCCGAGCCGGUCCGGCAUUCAUACACGCCAGACUUUGAACGACACAGUAGAAGCUACGCUCAGGCUGGUAAGGGUGAGAAGACUUUCUUUUCAAGUGCUGGAUUAGGUCGUUCCCAGACCAUGCGAGACCCCUCAGGAACAACCCGCACGAAUGUGAACACUAAUACCUCGAGUCCCAAAUCCGCUCGAUCUGGAAGGCAUCGGAGUGCCAGCCCCAAAGCCAGACGAAACCCAAAUAACUACGACUCUACCAGCUCAAGUGAAUCCGAGGACUUGCCUAAGCCAAAGGCAAAGGCCGUGCCAAAGAGCCGGCUCAGACCACACCAAAACUUUGCCGACUUCCAUCGCCAGCAAAACCAAAGCCCAAAAAAUGGUAGGCGUCCCCCGUGUUGUUGUCAUCUGCCUCCCGGCUCUCAAUUUCGCUGGAACGUAUCCCAAGAUGCGACAAAGGUCACCGUAACCCUGGUUUCCAUGCAAUCCCCGCAGCAACGUGAACACUUUCUGAGCCUUCUCAAUACAGCCCAUCUCAAAAACAAGAAAGCUGACGCAAACCCCAAAGGACACGCCUCCGAUAGUGCAGCAUUCCCAAAGGCCUCUUAUCAGCAGAGCAAGUACCCUAAUUCGUCAGGAUCUUCCUCUUCUAUCAAUGCUGAAACGGGAAUUUCUCCUGAACGACCUGAACGACCACACACAACAGCCUUUGGUCGUAACAGCACGAGUGACUUGCACAAGAAGUUUUCCGCAGAGGAUUGGCGCAAACACAUAGAGCAAUUUGACUUCAUCGGCUCUGCUUCGCCGAGCAAGGAAAACCCUCCUUCCAAGUCGCCCGGGCCACAAAGUCGAGGACGAGCAGGCCAGCGAAACCAAAACCCGCCCCCGACAUAUAACCAGGGUACAACACCACCGCAACAACCUUCUAAUGGCUCUCAAACUCCACAAAAACCUACGCCCUUUGCGCAAGCCAAGUUCUCUGCAGAUUCAUGGUCUGAGCAGCUUCGAAAUCUAUCUUGGACAGCUCCAGAGGCCGAAAAGGCCUGCCAAACUGCGAACUCCGCACCACCUCGGAGUCCUAAAAAGCAGCCCAGAGCGGGCACUAAGGUGCGGAGCGCUCCACAGACCGCAAGUGUUGCAAGUGAAGCGGAUGAGGCCAAAGACACAAUCAAUGGACACACACCUCAUGUUCCUCCGGCUACGGCAGCGCCUGACGUUGGAGUCGAGGAGAUGGACAUCGAUGACGACUUGCCUGCUCCUAAACAUACGCCACCUGUUCCGGGCAAGGUUCCACUUGGCAGACCAAGCAGUGGAAACUUUUCCGACGCAGCUUCUCAUCCCUUGCCAGAAUCACCAGCCAAGAAACCCAGACCUCCUCCCCCAACCGAGAAAACCACCCCUAUCUCACCACUACGUCCGGCUCUUUUCAACCUUGGCAACCUCCGCAACGCCGCCCCAUUCGCCAGCACCACCAACGGAGGCAUCGAGAACCUCGGAGACAUCCAUACAACCCUUCCAUUCGACUCCCAAGCCAAACAACAAACCACCACACAACGCGACAUUCAGCCUCGCGAUCUCGACCUCCCCAACCCACCCAAACGGCCCUGGGCUCCCAAACCCAUCUCAAUCUCAGGAUCCACCCCCGUUUUACCCCGCGAAAAAUGGAUCUGGUAUGCAUCUGCCAUGGGAGCAUACAUGCACGAAUGGAACGCCUUUAACCGCCGCAUGCUCGUACAUCUCAACGUGCGUCAAGAAGCAAACGAAACAGGCCUCGCGCCUGGCUGGAUCAGCGCCGUCAGCGACUCCGUUCGUUUGAAGAUAGGCGUUGAUGACGAAAAUGGCAAUGACAAAACCAUCCGAGAGGAUAGCUAUGACGCCGACGAGUUCCUCAUUCCAGGCUCUAACAAGGGCGGGUUCAGUGCGUAUCUUCGUGGUGUUGAAGAAGAUAUCAUUGUACGGAAACAUUGGGACGUCGCUUCUGAGAUGCAUCGUGAAUGCAUUCUCGAUCUUGGUCGUCUGAGGGAAUGGAUCCGGAAUGGAGGAAAGGUUGUUUAA